GACGUAGCCGAUGAUGAGUAUGAAGAAGAACAAGAGCUUGCCGAUGAAUUCGACAGUGAUUUUAAUGAUGAUGUAUUUCAUUGCAUUUUAUGGCCCCUUUGAAUUCUGCUAUUUACUGUAAUUGUAGGAAGACGAAUCUGGCGAUGAAGAGGUUGAGGAGAAAGAAAGGUUCCUCACAUGGCUUAUUCCAUACUGUGUAAAUGAGUUGAUUGUUCUGACUUGAUUCUGAUUAACUUAUAUGGUAGUGUUUUUCAAAUCUGUGUUUUGAUUUAUUUAAAAUCCAGCGCAUAAGUGCAAGAUACUCUAUAGGGUGUAGCCACGACCUACCUGAAAUUGCUUCUGUAACACGCUGAUGAGGAUCCUUACAUCGGCCAGGCGUCCUAAGAAAAAACAAAUCUUACCUCCUGGUGGUAAGAAGCCGCUCAAGAAAGGCCCUUCAGGAAGUACUAAGAAGAAAGGUGUAUCAUUUCUGGAAGAAGCUGCAGCAGCAGCCGAUGCAGGAGAAACUCCCCUCCCUACUUUGAAAACCCCUCGACAGGCAACUCGCCCGAGUCCCGAGAAGGAAGAUGGUGAAACUGAAGAGGGCGAAAAGCUCUUGCGGAAGUCUACCCGAACUUCCGUGAUUGUAAGGCAAGCCGAAAGGGAGGCGCAACGUGCAAUACAACAGGCACUCCCGAAGAUAGUGAAGAAAAAAAGGGAAGGUGAAGAUAGGAAAAUGACGCAGGAAGAGAUGCUUCUAGAAGCUGCACAGACCGAAAUUCAAAAUCGGCAGUCUUUGGAGACAUUGUUGGCUCGAGAAGAGGAGGUCAAGCGGAAGGCAAUAAUUAAUAAGGAGGUGUACAGUGGACCUCUUAUUAGAUUUUAUUCCAAAGAAGGUAUUAAUGUCUUGGAAUUCGUAAAAAUGCCCGAAGUACCAGAGGUUAUAAAUGCCAAGGCGCCUCCUUGUACGUUCACUUUCAGAAAUCCAAAGCAGCCUGUCUGUGUUGUGACUGGGCUACUUGCUAAGUACCGAGAUCCCAAGUCAGGUUUUCCAUAUGCCACUAAGGAAGCUUUCGCCAUUAUUCGUGAAAGACAACGGAAAGGAGAGGAUAUAUCUCGGAAAGACUCGCUGGAAAAAGUGCAAAGGAAGAGGACGAAAGUGGAGAGAGAGAAAUUUGCUCCUGGUACUCGGACAGGCGCUGUCAAGAUUAAGUACAAGAAACCUGACAAACCGGUAGAAACAAAGUUUCAAAACUCCCCUAAGCCUCAAUCUCAACCUUCAGUGGAAAACCGAGCGUCAGGCGGUGCUGGGCCUUCAGGAGCUACAAGCUCUGGGCUUGGUACCCUUGACAAACCUGAGAACUCAAACAAGGUGGGUGAAUUCGAAGACAAGUUGGACCACACUUCGACUCCGGCUCCGGCUCCGGCUCCGCUGCCAACGCCAAUGGUGGAAGCAAAUGAAGCAGAUUUUAUGUUAGAAGACUUGGGGGUUUCAUUGCCUUCCAACUUUGACAGUGGCCUAUCAGUUGAGACCUCCGGCAUGGGUUCAGGUGGUGGCGUUGCAGGGCAGGGAGGGGGACAGGAACUUCAACUUGAUCAUGAGCUGUUGAAUCUUUCCCCCACGGGACCUGGCUUGCCAAGAUUUUCAGAACGUUAUGAUCUCAGCAUAGAUGGUCAAAGUAACAAUUUGCUACUGGAUGAUUCAUGGUUGCAAGACACGAUUUUAAGUCGGAAUGUUGUCUGGAAAGCAGUUUCGUGUCCUCGCCAAUACUCGUGGGGUUCUUCAACACAAACCCGAAAAACUGGAUUAUCCCUUGUCCACCAAGGGAAUGACUCAUCAAUGCAGUGCCACUGGAACUCAACAGUAAAAGGAUGAUACCAAGAGGCCGUUAGGAGGCUGGUUGUGAAAAAGAUACUAAGGCACAAUGUAAGAGAUAGGUGUCUAACUCAGUCGUAGGGAAUAUGGCGUUUAUUCAGAGCAUAAUUGCAUGCAAUUGACUGGAGCAUGAAUCAUUCACAACAUGCAUGUGAUGAAUGACUCGAGUCAAACCCUAGAGCAUCGUUAAUGUAUAAGUAGGCAGCACGUGAUGAAAAAGCUGAAUCUCGGAGCAAACAGCCAUGUUUUGGAAUCGUUGCUCAAAUUUCGGUCAAGAAUAUCAUCCAACUUCACUCUGCUUUUGGAUAGAGAAAAGCGAGGAUGAUUCCUGACUUACAAAAUCAGUUCCGAGUGUGAUGCAGCGGAUGAGAUUUGUUUGAAAUGGAUUUGGUAUCCAGCACCCAGUCUUCAGGAUCUUUAGGUUUUGUACUGUAGAUUUCGAUUCUGUUGUCACUGUUCCUGUGUCCCGUCUUAGUGCUCACUGGCAGCUGCAGAAGCGAAAGGAAUUUUUUAAGUUGGGAUUAUUGUUCGUAGCCCUAGUAAUAGUUUCACAUUCUACAGUUGGCGAGAAUGUAGGUUUAGAAGUUCUGGGACCAAAGCAUUAAGGUUAAGGUUAACGACUUGUGCUGUGAAACACCCUGGUAAUAGGAGGAAUAAUUGUAGUGAUUUUCUACUUCAUGGUAACUAUUUUGGCCAAGAAAAUCUUCGAGAGCAGCAUUUUGCUUCGAAAAAUUCCACCAAA